CCGUCAACAACCACUUACCUGAGAGUGACAGCCAAAACCAUAUUAAACAUAUUUAAAAGAAAUGUCGCAAAAUAUCUACGACAGACAGGACUUCUUUGAAGCCUACUCGAAAUUCAUCGACCGCUCCAACGAGCCUGUAGAUGACGACCUUUUGUGGAAGCGCCUCCGCACGCUUCUCCCCGAGGACAUUAACGGCUUUGAUAUCCUCGAUGUUGGCUGUGGCUCUGGCUGGUUCUCUCGAUGGGCCGUAACAAGCGGCGCAAACUCGGUGCUUGGUCUCGACAUUUCGCAGAAUAUGAUUGCCAAGGGGCGCAAAGCGUCGGAAGCACGCCCUGGCGAUGCGGGGAAACUCGAGUAUCGCAUUGCCGAUCUGGAUAUCCUACCCAUAACGCUCUCGGAUAAAGCGCCGUACGACCUCAUCUUCUCAUCAGUUGCAUUUCACUACUUGAAGAACCUGGAGCCGCUGGUCAAGCAGCUUGUGGAGGCGAUGAAGCCAGGUGCGCUGCUCGUUGUCAACGUCGAGCAUCCUACGUACACAGCACCAAAGACGCCGCGGGUCGUGGAGGAUAAGGAGACUGGUCAAAAGUCGUGGAAUCUAUCUGCAUAUCACGAAGAGGGCGAGCGCGUGGUGGAUUGGUUGGCACCAGGACUGCGCAAGUACCACAGAACCAUGACGGGCUACAUGGACAUUUUCCUGGGCAACGGGCUUAGUCUCGUCAAGUUUCUCGAGUGGCUGCCUACAGAAGAGGAGCUUGCGUCGGGAGACAUUGACGAUGUAGAGCAAUAUCGCCCCUUGUUUCUUAUGAUGAGCUUUAGAAAGUAACAAUAAACGUGG